AUGGCGCCGGAGGUGGUUACUCGGAAGGAGUACGGCCGCAAGGUGGACAUCUGGUCGUUGGGCAUCAUGGCCAUCGAGAUGAUCGAGGGCGAGCCACCCUACCUAACCGAGUCGCCGCUGCGCGCUCUGUGGCUGAUCGCUACGAACGGUACGCCACAAAUCAAGAACGAGCAGGACCUUUCCCCUGUGUUCCGCGACUUCUUGUACUUUGCGCUCAAGGGCCACUUCCUACCACUCCAAGCUCUUCUUGCGUGUGUUGACGGCUAG